UCAGUGUGGUGCCAAGCACACAGUGCCUUCAGAUCACAGCACACGCGGCUCAGGCACAAAGAGAGGCAGAGACUACAAAAAAGCCAGGUGUGGCUCUCGCCCAAUACGAAAUCAUUAGCUGCGCACUGCCCAGAAGAGGUCUGAAAGCAAAGAGCACCGUCUAGUGCUGAUUCCUCAGUGCGAUCUGCCCCAUGGGAACAGCCAGAAGAUCUGAAUCCCAGCAUCCCUGGCUCGGCUUCUUCCUUCUCUUUGCUCUUAAGUUUUGGGAACUUCCUCAUGGAGAAAAUCCUGCCUGUUGAAGCACCUCCAGGUUCACAGCUUCCAGGGACAGCGAGAUCUUUGCUAUGACUGCAGCACAAUGUCUCUCCACCCAUAGCCAGGACAUCUCCCGAGAAGAAACACCUGGGGUCUCCUCUCUGCACUACAUGCCCUCAGCUCAGGGACGUCAUGGGGAGUGUCAGUAGCCUCAUCUCUGGCCACAGCUUCCACAGCAAGCACUGCCGGGCUUCCCAGUACAAGCUCCGCAAGUCCUCCCACCUGAAGAAGCUGAACAGGUACUCAGAUGGGCUUCUGCGGUUCGGCUUCUCCCAGGACUCCGGUCACAACAAGUCCAGCUCCAAAGGCAACAAGAAUGAGGACUUCUUUUACAUCAAGGUCAGCCAGAAAGCCCACGCCACCCACCGGACGGACUAUACCUCAUUGUCCAGCGGGGACCAGGCCGGGGCGACUGGUAUGGACUAUGGCAGCCACACGCCACAGAAACUGAUGCCAUUUUCCAAUCAGCUAGAACUGGGUGCAGAGAAGAGUGCUUCCAGGCCCACCGCCUUCAAGCCAGUGAUCCCUCGGUCAGGUGCCAUCCUCCAUUCCUCUCCAGAAAAUGGCAGUCACAUUUCUCAACAGCUGCAUCCUCCAGAAAAAACCAAGGACCAAGAACUCAAGCCCACAUUGUGCUCUGGAGCUUUGUCCGACUCUGGAAGAAACUCUAUGUCCAGCCUCCCGACCCAUAGUACCAGCAGCAGUUACCAGCUGGAUCCCCUGGUCACCCCCGUUGGGCCCAUCAGCCGCUUUGGAGGCUCAGCCCACAACAUCACCCAGUGCUCCAUCAUCCAAGAUAGCAACAUGAUGAGCCUCAAGGCCAUGUCCUUCUCAGACAGUGGCAACAAGAUCAUCAACCCCGGGAAAGCUGCUCACCAUGCCUCUGAGAAAACCUCCUGCAUCCGGUCCCCUAUCUCCACCGACGAGUCCACCAUCCAAGAGCUGGAGCAGAAGCUGCUGGAGAGGGAAGGGGAGCUUCAGGAGCUCCAGUCCAGCUUUGAAGAGAAAGAAGUCACCUCCUGCCAGGUCUAUGAAGAGAAGCAGAGGCGCUGCAAGGAGGAGAUGGACGGGCUGAAACAGAAGUGCAACAGCAAGCUCAAGCAGACCAACCAGAAGACUCAGCGGACGCAGCAGGUCCUGCACCUCCAGGUGUUCCAGCUGCAGCAGGAGAAGCAGCAGCUCCGUGAUGAGCUGGAAAAGCUCAUGAAAGAGCAAAACUUGCUGGAGACCAAGCUGAGAUCCUAUGAGAAGGAGAAGACCAACUUUGCCCCAGCGCUGGAAGAAACUCAGUGGGAGGUCUGUCAGAAGUCUGGUGAAAUCUCCCUCCUGAAGCAGCAGUUGAAAGAGUCUCAGACAGACCUCAAUGCCAAGACCAGUGAGAUCCUGAGUCUGAAAGCCCAGCUGAAGGAUGUGAGAGGGAAAAUGGAUGGGGUGGAGAUGAAAACCCAGAAUAUGGAGGAUUCUUUGCACACAAAGACCAUGGAGCUGGAGGUGUGCGAGAACGAGCUCCAGCGCAAGAAGAAUGAGUCAGAGCUGCUAAGGGAGAAGGUGAACCUACUGGAACAGGAGAUUGUGGACCUCCGGACGGAGCUGACCAUCCUCAAGGAGCAGUGGAACGAAGGGAGGGAUGGGGCAGCCCCUGUCAACCCAGCCAGCUGGAAAAUGGAGGAUGUCCAAGCCCUUCAGGGGGACUUGGAGAGGCUGAAGGCAGAGCUCAAGGCAGAGCGAGACAACAACGAGCAGAUGACCUCAAGUUUCCAGCAUGAGCGGCAGGUCUGGAAGGAGGAGAAGGAGAAGGUGAUCCAGUACCAGAAGCAGCUGCAACAGAGCUACCUGCACAUGUACAAGAGGAACCAGAACCUGGAGAAGAUGCUCCAGCAGCUGGCCGCAGGGGAGGAUGGCAAAGAGCCCAUCGACCUGGACAUCCACGGCACUGACGUCCCCUAUGAAGACAUCAUUGCCACCGAGAUCUGAGGAGGCCUGCUCCCUGUCCCUCCACAUCUGGGCAGUGAGGAGGGAGGCCUCUCUCAGGUGAGGACAGAGGAGUACAUCCUGGCAGCUCAAUCCAUGCCAGGUGGCCCGUGUAAAGUUCGGAUGAGCUGUGUGUGUAUUAGCCGAGCCGGCUGCCCAGCCAGCUCAUGAGCCCCCAGUGUUGCACCAGGACGGUGCCCCAGCUGCCUGUCGUGUUGCAGAGGUGAAAAAGCCGUGUGUGCCAAUGGUGACGUGCCCAUCAUCUGCUCCUCGUGUCUGAUGCAUCCUUUGCAAGGUGCUCGCUGCCCUUGCUCAUAGGACUGAGAAGUGGGAAAGGGGUGGGGGGGUGGGAGGGGAACAGGAUUUUAGCAAACAACUCUUCUAUCAGGGAAUUAUAUGACACUGGCCAAAAAUUCCCAGGAGUCCAGAGGGACUACUGGGUCAGUGACUUGAAGGAAACCAGCCUCCUUUCAGCAAAUAAUACGCACACUGGUCCAGCCCCUGGAACAGGGAGACUAGGGACACAGCCACUCUUCCUCCUGUGCACUACAGGAAACGAUUAACACCCCAUUUUAGCCACUGAACCCUGGCCCAAGGCCUGGGAAACAUGCAAAGCUGCUCUAAAACAUUAAUUUUCCUCCAGUUAAUUCUGGUUUCUCAGAUCUGUAAGCUUUUAUCCCACCAGAGACCUGUGGAAGCCUUCCAGGCUCCAGUUGCUAAGGGCUGAGUGGGUCUUUGCCAUGCCGGUGACUUGGAUUCAAAUCUUGCCGAGCUUUCUUUUUCAUUCGAUUAACACAGAGUGCCUCAAGAAUGACCAGCCUUCAGCUAGUUCAGGCCCCGGGAUAAGCAGGCUUGACAUGAGCCCAUCCAUCCACUUGACUGGUGUGAUAAUGGUUGGCAUGGACAGGUGAGGGAAGAGGGAUUAGAGGAUCCCGUCUGGUUUCUGGGAGGCAAAUGGAUGAGGAUUGAUACCAGGUGCAACAGAAAACAAGUUCCAAGAGCCACCAGGAAAAGUCAACUGCUCUGAAGGGCACAUCUGGGCUCAUGAGCUCCCCUUGCCCAGACCACUUCAGAGCAAUGAAAUCCAGGCUCCUGGAGCCAGUCAGGAUAAAGGACAGAAGCUGCACCAAAAAAGGUUGAAAAAUUCAAAAGAAUUUUGAAAGGAAACCCUAAGGUGCGCAGGAGCAAUGCUUUGCAAACGCUUUUACUGAAAACUGUUCAGUAUCCAAAAAGCUAAGCUGAAAACAAUUGUCAGGGUUUGGCUUUUGAGGCCUUGUCCCCAGUUCCUAACCCGGCAUCCAUUCUUUCCACCAAAAUCCAUCUUCUCCAGAUUAGCUAACCAUUUCCCACGUAGCGCCUUAUUAAAUGCUGAACGCCACAGGUAUUAGGUUGACUAUGCUCCUCUGUUUAGAAAACUGGUUAUCUUAUCAAAAACUCGCAUUGCGGUUUGCCGCAUUUUCCAUUUACCUCCAUGUCCCAUCAUUAAUCUUCCCGUCUGAUCUGCAACUCCUUAUGCUAUUCCCAUCGCGAGGAAACCUAGCGAACUCUCAAUUCCUGGUGAUCCUACCCAUCUUCAGCUCUGGACAAAACCGAUCCACUGUGCUGCACCUCUGCCCAGCCUCUGCCGUGCCAGCGCUGAGCUUCCAACCUAGCUCAGUUUUGAGCCGUGCCACCCUUCUCUUUUCUAGCCCUGGUCCUUGGGAAGAGUAAACUGCACCAAGCCUGUGAACUAGUGGCAGCAAAUGAUUUGACAGAGUUCUGGGAAACUCACUGCCCUUGUGAUCUGAUGAAGAUUCGAAGCUCGGGGACUUGAUUCUUGCUUUCUGUGCAGCCAUUUAUAUAAAGUGCCAAGUGGGUGUGAGAUGCUGUCAGAUUGGAACGGUAGCAUUUUACACCCACUUUCUCCUGGCAUAAAUCACCGCAGAUGGCUGCGAUGCUGAAUCAGGCCCCAGAUUUUCAAAGGGGAAGGCUAUUGCACUAUCGUCCUGUCAGCCAGGUAGCUGAGUGUAGGGACAUCUCUAUCACAUAAAGAACAAGCAUUUAUCUGAAUUUCCAAACCGCAUUCCUCCCUGGAGAAACACUGCAGAAGCCACUGGUGUUAGUUACUCCAAGGGAGGAUUCAGCCCAACAUGCAUCAUACCCAGCUCGGAGGCAAUUUCUCUCUCUUCUUUGUGACUGAAUCCCCCACACUUUCUCGCCUAUCAAAUGCUGGCUGCCUUAUUAUUCUCCUCUGUGCCAUUAAGUCAGUGGGUUCCAGGCACAGCAGUUGACAGGAGCUGGUAAAAGAAAAUGAUCUCAUUUUGUUUUCUAGCCACCGUCUUAAAUCUCCCUCCUGCCUGUAAUGGGAAAACUCCAGCAUAGAAAUGAACUCCAGGGAGCUUGGCACCUGCUAAACGCUGCUCCAAGCCCACGUGGCUACACUGUCCAGUUUUACCCCAGAGAGGUGCAAACAGGGUCAGCCUCCAAUGGGCCAGGAGGUGAGAAAUCGGGUUCUCAUCCACAAGCCUUUGUCAUGCUCAGGGGCCUCCUCCCUUUUGGCCUGAAACGAACCUAAGGAAAAAGAAAAAAAUUCUAUCUCCACAGCCUGUUUUUUCCCUACACCUGAACAUGCCAACCAGGGGACUAAUCUGUACCAAUCGUCACAGUGGGGUUUGUUUGUUUUUUACAGUCCUUUUUUCUUUUUUUUUAAAUUUCGUGUCUCAGGCCAAAUCAGCCAAAUCAGUUCUGAAUUCUAUCGACUGAGCAGAGCUCGGUCGUGGUGGCGCUACCACCGGCAAGUCUCCUCCCUCCCAGGCUCUUCAGCCUGGGGCUGCAGAUACUGCCAAAUUCAUGGCAAGCAUCCUACAUGCAAGCUCCAAGCCCAGAGGCCUUGGAGUUCAGAUGCCCCCUAGUCUUGAUUGCCCCGAGCCAAAAGGCUGAGGGAGCAAGCUGGAAGGAGAGCCCGAAAACAAGCCCCCAGCACCACUAAUUGUGUAGCCGAGAUCCUAGCAUCUGGAGGCAUUUGUAGACUCUUGCAGGGGUCAACCUGCCCGCAGUGCAAGGGACGGGCCUUCACCCUCAACUACAUUGAGCCAUUCAAGGCCAAGAAGGGGAUUUCCCCUGCCAGGUAAGUAAAACCACCUGAGCCAAAACCACCUCAUGGUAUCUAUCCACUGGCAGCCAGGACCAAAAUUCACCAAACUCCCUUUGCUUGUGCUAGCCAGCAACCUCCCCAAUCCCGUCACUAUUAGCCAGGCAUGAAUGCAAAGGGAGGAGCUAGUCACCCCUAAGCCACUCGCUUCCCAAACCUGAGCUAGUUUUGAGCCAGUGGCUGAAGGACUUGAGGGGUGGAGAAGUGACCUUCCAGUCACCAACCCCCACGCUUUGAAGCCAAAUUGUGCCUUGUGCAUUUCCCCACAUACCAGGUGCCCCUCUAACACUGAUCUGCAUUGGGCUCAAACACAAUGGGCAUGCAGCACAAGUGAAUCUCCUCUCAUUUUCUGAGAGGAGGCUUCAGCCAUCACUGUCAUCAUCCUGCCAUCUAUUGCAAAAAGCAGAAACCAACAGGACAGGGAAAGGCCCAGUCCUGGCCCAUGGGACUAAUGCCCCAUUGUUUUGCAUUUUAGGGAGUCAUGAAUGCCAGAGCAGAGCCACUGGGAUGGGUUGUGCCAACCCAAGUGAGGGGCAGUAGUUAGCUUGACUGCUCCCCGCAUAGGGCAAGAACCAGGUAGUCUGUAAGUCCCAGUGUCACUCCUGGUUUUCCUCUGCAUUGGCUCCAGAAGGCAGGUCAGUGUAUUAAAGAGGACAGCUUAGACUCCUACCUUGGAUGAGAGGAGAGUAGCUGCUCUGUCCCACAUGUAGAUCCCAGCUCAUGCUUCCAGCCCAUGCAAAGGAGGAUGCUUUUUCACUUAUGGGGCUCACAACCGAGCUCAUCCGAUGUAGCCCAGCCUUUGUGCUGCUGUGAGCAAAAAUGAGGUACAAAGAUAAGAGAACCGGCUCUCCGAGUAUUAAUGCAAGCACAGGCUCCGGGAGGGAUCAGAUCCCACUCUGAUCCCUGCUUUGUGUCUUGGGCCUUUCUUGACACAAGGACAACUUGGCUGCUUCUCAGAGCUUGGAAGCUGCUGUUGUUCCCUGGGCCCAGGAGCAGGGAGCAUCAUUGGCACUCCAUCCAUCCAUCCGUACGAAUGAGUCCCUCUCCGUUUCUGGUGACAAAACCCAUCUGAUCCUUCAGACAGAGCACAGUUGCCUCCAGUUCCCCCUUCCCCUGAAAGUUUUUCGGUCAGGAGCGGGCUGCAUGUUUGCAGACAUUUCCAUGUAAUAUAGUUUUUCCUCCCUCGGUGGAGUGAACAUACUUGCUUUUUUCUCCCGUGCAUGUCACACGUUCACCCCCUCUCUGUAGGGCUGUUCUGCACACCGAGGCAGGGAGGGGCCUAGAAACUAGCAAUGAACAAGACCAUAGCUUGGAACCAAAGAAAUGGAGCCCUUGUAUCCACAGCAGGGGAGAUGCCUUGGACAGCCUCAGAUGGAAAGAGGGAUGGUUGCAUUUGUUUGCCUUAAAAAGCCACUGGUUUCUACUGGAAAACAGCUCGACUAGGAACAGUUCCACAUUUCCAAUAUUCAUCUUUUUCCCUGGCUGCUAAAAGGAACAAAGUUUAAGAAAGCAACAGCAAAACACCUGUGUUUUCAGCUUCCUCUUUGAAAACAGAUGCUUGGGCCACUUCCAUGAGAUGCUGAGCACCCAGGAAUGGCAACCAAGUUAUAUGGGAUGAGCCAAUGCACAGCCAGGGUGGUUACACGGGUGAGCAUCAUGAUGGCAGGUAGCGCACACCACGGGACAGACAAUUCUUGCUCCAGAGGUAUUGCAGCAUAAAAUAUUAAGGCUCUGUGUGCUUGGUGCCCUGCAGCUAUUUGGGGACCCGCUAAAGUUGGAGCUACACACAUGGGUGCAAAUGCAGAAUCCUGGAAUAAAUGACUUGGAGUGGAAGGUGCAACAGGCUUGCAGUGCAACAUUUGUGUCUGGCUUUGGAGCCCCUAUGAGUUCUGGAGCAGUAUAAAGAUGGAUCUAGGUCUGGGUUCUGGAUUUCAACCCUAGGGUCUGGGGUCUGGGCCUGUACCUACUGAAAAGACAGAUUGGGUUGUGAUUUGGAAGAUCAAGAAGAAAAAAAUACAAUGGAGGAAGGCAAGUCAGUACCUCGGGGGCACGUCUACUAGUCUUGAGUUCCUGCAUGAUAGAAGCUAUGGAUGUUCAUCCCAGGAUCCUGCACCUAGCUCAUGUCUUGCAGUAGAGCUAAAGUAUAUUAACUGGAGUCCAUUGGGGAAGAGUUAAGAUGCAAGAAAAAUGAGAUACAGAAGAUGUAGGAUCCACAGGGAGCCAAAUUGUUCCUGUCCGGGUCCCUUUAAUGGUUUUCUACCAGGCAUCAGCCCAUAUGCCAUUCAGGCUCUGGUCCUGCCCUCACCGAAGACUGGGGGCAAAUUCCUGUCAACCCCCCUGGCACCCCAUUGGAGUUCGUCCUGUCACCAGCCCCCUCUCUUCCACAAGCGCUGUACAAUGUGAUUGACCGGAGACGUUGACUUGCUGCCUUUGCACAAUGCCGUGUUUGAUUUCGACCGUGUGCAUUGCCGAUGUAUCAGUCCUAGGCGUGUGAGUAACUGCUGUCCUGUCUCAGCCACAGGGAAAGGCCAGAGUUCAGCCUGUACAUAUCUUCCCUUUUUUGCAGGUUUUUGGAUGUUCUUCCCGGUGACUGACAUAAAACUACUGGUCAUUUUAUGUUUUUAUUUAUAAAUAAAUUUUUUAAAAUUGA